AUGAAUAAUUGUGAAACUAUUUUCAUUAGAUUAAACCAUGUUAAUAAUAUGAAGAAUUGGAUUUAUCAAUGGAUUAUAUAUUUAUUAAUUUACAAUAUUGUCGUUACAUGUCAAACUAAUGAAAUUUACAAUACGACAUCUAAUCAAGCAUUAACUUGUAAUUCAUUACUUACAAGCAAUGUAUUACAAUAUUAUAUGGAACAAUUAUUAACUCAUUAUGGUAAAGAUAGUGCAUACAAAAUUGGUAAUCCAAUCAAAUUUGGUACUGCUGAAUUUUUCGACAUAAGAAUUAGUGGUUUAUCUGCUGUACAAUUCUCAGAACCAGUUGAUAUUAUUGAUCUACCAUCAGGAAACAUACGAAUGAUAUUUCCGUUAUUGUUUGACUAUCUUGUUAUAAAUGGUAAAAUGAAAAUGAUCAUGUUUGCUACUAAACCUCGGUCGGUUGAAAUUAAAAUUAAAUCAAUCAAAAUAUAUUUGGAUUUACUUCUUAUACAACCAAUGGACAAUGAUGUAUUAUUACCAAUUCGUGUGAACAAAGUUACUGUUAUCCAUUGGAAUAAUCUUCGAUUUGAUAGUAAAGUGCUCAUUUUGAUUAUUGACUACAACCGUGCUAUUCAUCAAUCUAUUGGGUGUUACGUCGGUUAUCGAAUGUUUUGGUCGAUAGGAUUUGAGCUGCACUAAGAGGGCCUUGACACACAUGACAUUGAUCACCAUCCAGUGAUUAAUCAAUUGUGAGUACAUCUCAGCCCGGAUAGCCCAGCGGUAACGUCUCUGACUGGGAAGCUAAAGUGAUACGGGAUCGAAUCUGUC